GAGAAGCAUAUGCAAUCUACAGUGACUGGCGUUUAUAAAGUGCUCCGCCUUCCUCCGACCUGCAAGAAACUGUUUUUUUUCUUCAGUCGGUGGCGCAGUCGACGAACCAAGUUUGGGCAUUAUUUAAUGUUUGUUGACCACCUAAACGAGGAAGCGUCAAGUCGUGGGCGUUAACGGCGGAGCUGUGGUCGUUGUCCGUGUGGGUUGAACUUGCGCGGGGCUUUUACCUUGGAGACCCCGGAAGCCGCCAGGUGAAGAGCAGCUGAGAGACGCACCAGUAAAGACACACUCCCAACUGUCACUUGUUUCGGUGUCUCGUGUGAGUCCAGCAAUGUUCGACCUUUGACAUGAAGAUUCAUAAGAAGAUCCUGCUGCACUACCAGUCCUGCGACUCCCCGGUCGACAAGGAGGGUUACCUCUACAAGAAGGGGGUGCGCAACUCGUCCUACCAGAAGCGCUGGUUCGUCCUGAAGGGGAACCUGCUGUUCUACAAGGAGCGCCGGUCAGAGCGCGAGCUGCUGGGCGUGCUGGUGCUGGAGGGCUGCAGCGUGCAGCUCUGCGAGUCGGACGAGCGCUUCGCCUUCUCCGUGGUCUGGAGCGAGUCUCACGUGGCCGGCGGCCGCGUGUACAAGCUCGCCGCCGAGGACCAGUCCACCCAGGAGAGCUGGCUCAAAGCCCUGCUCUCGGCCAACCACGCCUACCUGCAGCUCCUACUGAUGGACCUGGAGGCUCGCUAUCGGGAGCUAGGCGGGACGUCCCGUCCCGUCCCCCUCAAACCGGCGCCCUACGCCCCUCCGGGUGCUACAGCUUCCUCUUGCACGGCCAAACAACUCCUCCCGGCCCCUCCCGUCCCCCACAAUGCAGCAAUCAGGAAGUCUCCGAAACUGUGGCCAAAGAGAAAUGCAAAUGUGGCGCCCAUAUCUGGGCCCGCCCCGCCUCAGAGGGAGUGGCUAGAGUUUGGGUUGGGACACCAGGAGGAAUUUAUUGAAUUACACACCGAGUUUGGAAAGGAGGUCAUGGAGCUGAUCGCUGAGCGGCUGAGACGUGGACAGGAAGGGGAGGAGGCCGAGGCAGAUCUGAUUGAUUUUGGAUGAUAUGCAAAGUCAUUCAUGGAAAUAUAUUGUUUUACCCGCUCGGAUAUUGAGGUGUAAACUUGUAAAUAUUUGCGAUAAACUCAGUUCGGAGGACCUUUUGAUUCCGUCUUCGUCGUUCAAAGCUUUUAAAUCAUCACUGUUUGGAGUCUCAGGUCUAUGUGUGUUCUGUUAAUAAAUUAACUUUUUAUUCCA